AUGAAUGCACAGAAGGCACGCGUUGCAUGUAUGUCAAAUAAGUUUAAAAACAUAAGAGAAAUAGGUGAAGAUACAUAUCAAGUGAUGCUCAAAGAUAGAUUUUAUAGAUGUGAUACAUGUUUACAAGAGGCAUUCUUCACUUUAGAUAAUGCUAAAUACUGGUAUUUAGUUUUCAUUUAUGAUUUUAUGUAUAAAUGCAUGGAUGUUAAUCGUUUUCAUUUCAUUGAAGGUGAUACUGAUUCAUCUUAUUGGGCAAUCGCUGGCGACCCAAAUCUUCCUAACACUCAAGCAUUUCAAGCAAUUGUUACCGAUAAACAAUUUUAUGAUAAAAACAUUUUCAAAUUCGCACCUUUUGAUUUCUUCUGUUUUGAUGAGAAAUUUAAACCUAAAUUAAAGAAUAAAGCUGAAGAAAAAGCACAUGAGAAAAAAUUAUUGGGUUUAGCAAUUGAGAAACAAGGUGAUAACAUGGUUGCUUUAUGUCCUAAGUGUUAUACAUCAUUCAACGGUUCAAUUGAUGGAAGUGAUUUUAAAAAGAUUGCACAAAAAAUGAAGGGUGUUAGUUUAAGACAAAAUAAGCAAUUAACACCUAAAAAAUAUUUGGAUAUAAUAAAUGAUAAAGUGAUAUUUGAUGGUCAGAAUAUUAAUUUACAACUUAAAAACGGGUCAAUGACUCGCUUAACAAUCGGUAAGACUGCAUUAACAGGAGCACACACUAAGGCUGUAUGUUGUGAAAAUGGAUGUUGUAUGCCAUUUAUUUAA